AUGGGCAACUCCACCAGCCAAGUCCUGGACAAUAUUGUCCAAGGUUCCAACUUCGAUAGAGAAGAAGUUGACCGGUUACGGAAACGCUUCAUGAAGCUCGACAAAGACAACUCUGGCACCAUUGAGCGCGACGAAUUCCUCAGCCUCCCCCAAAUCUCGUCCAACCCCCUUGCAACACGCAUGAUUGCCAUCUUUGACGAAGACGGCGGCGGUGACGUCGACUUUCAAGAAUUCGUGUCGGGCCUCAGCGCAUUCAGCAGCAAGGGCAACAAGGAGCAGAAACUGCAAUUCGCUUUCAAGGUAUACGACAUUGACCGCGACGGGUACAUCAGCAACGGAGAGCUCUUCAUCGUCCUCAAGAUGAUGGUUGGCAGUAACCUUAAGGACCAGCAGCUGCAGCAGAUCGUGGACAAGACAAUCAUGGAGGCGGACCUGGAUAAGGAUGGCAAGAUUAGCUUUGAGGAGUUUACCAAGAUGGUUGAGAAUACGGACGUGAGCAUGAGCAUGACGCUAGACCAGUUUUAA